AUGUCCCUCCGCUGGCUGCUCUCCCGCACCUUUGCGCUCCUUCUUCCACUUACAGUGACCGCCACUGUUUACGUCUAUCUCUACCCAGUCUUCAACGGGUGCGCCUUUCCUCUACCACAGUCUGUCUCACAAUCAAGUGAGAAGCAGCUAUAUCGUAAUUCAGUGAUCAGCACGCUUUUCCAACACCUUGGCGUUUCAACCUCAGACACAAACAGUCAACCCGCCAUCUUUAGACUCCUAGUCCUCGCAGACCCCCAAUUGGAAGGCGACUCCUCGCUCCCUUUCCCCGAAUAUGAAUUAUACCCUCGCAUGAAGACGCACUGGCGCGCCGUCCAGGAAGCAAUCGGCAACGCCUCCACUUCCCCUCUACUGAACGAGGACGUCCUCUCAAACAUCACAACCGGUCUCCAAACCCUCGCAACUGAAGACAUUCCACGCGCCUUUAAGGCAGGCGUGAAACGCCUCGACCUCUUCGGCAACGACUACUACCUCGCGCAUAUCUACCGCACGCUCUUUUGGUGGACCCGGCCGACGCACACAACAGUGCUGGGCGAUUUGGUGGGGAGCCAGUGGAUCUCCGACGACGAAUUCGCCUGGCGCGGACACCGGUACUGGAACCGAGUGUUCCGCGGCGGAGAACGGGUCGACGACAACAUCAUGAGAACCGGUGCUGCAGGUUGGAGCCAGGGCGAAGGCAACAAUGCGCCGCCAUUGGAACCCCUGGGCGCGGAUGGGGCCUGGGCCAGGCGCGUUAUCAAUGUCGCCGGAAACCAUGAUAUUGGAUAUGCAGGGGACAUCAGCGAGGCGCGGAUGGAGCGGUUUGAGCGUGUGUUUGGCCGUGCGAACUGGGAUGUGCGGUUCGAACACCCGCCCAUCGUGUCCUCGUCUGCGUCUUCGUCUACUGGAGACCAGCUUGUUACCCCUACUCUGCACCUGAUUAACCUCAAUUCCCUCAUGUUCGACACCCCCGCGCUUUCUGCGGAGGUCCAGGGCCAUACGUAUUCUUAUCUGAACGAGCUGAUCGCCAAUCGACUCUCGCCGGUCGAGGACCGGUCGGCUUUUACUUUGCUUCUGACACAUCUACCCCUGCACAAGGAAGAUGGGGUGUGCACGGACGGGCCGUAUUUCUCGUUCCGCGAAUCUGACGACAGGGAUGGUCCGGACGGUGUGCCCCGGUGGCUAGACGGUGGUCUCAAGGAGCAGAACCAUCUCAGCGACACGCUCAGCGCUAGCGGCGUGCUGCAAGGCAUCUUUGGGCUGAGCGGCGACGAGAAUGCGCUUGCUGGUGGCCAAGGCCGGAACGGGCUCAUUCUUACGGGACAUGACCACACAGGAUGUGAUGUUGUUCAUUUCGUCAACCGCACUGAAACAGCCGACGACAACGGUUCAUCUCAAGCUUGGAAGUGGGCUGCGGAGCGCUUCAAUAAGAGCAAUAAGAGCCAGCACAUUGAUGAUCCUUCUAUCCGGGAGGUGACUCUCCGCUCGAUGAUGGGAGAGUUUGGUGGUAAUGCCGGUCUCCUUUCGGCGUGGUUUGACGAGGUCGCUGGCGAGUGGAGCUAUGAGAUCACUAUGUGUCCAGCUGGCGUGCAGCAUAUCUGGUGGGUGGUUCAUGUCCUCGUGCUAGUAACUUUGGGUGUGGCUCUACUUUGGUUAUUGUCCAGUAGUGCUCAGGUGAAGACGGCUACUCGGAAAGUUGAAGUAGAAACCAACAUUUACGAAAGGUCUACAAAGGGUAUGCGAAGGGUCUACGUAGAGCCAUUGGUGGUCAUAUCAGAGUUCAUAUAUGCCAAAGAACAAACAACCAGGACCAAGUCCCCUCCCAUACAGCCUGCCUAA